CAUCAAUAAACAGCUGAAGCGGUAAUAAUUUCUUUAAUCCAGAUUAAAAAUUUCGUUUUCGCAAUGUCUGACAGCAGUAGCGAUGAAGAAGAAAAUUUAAAUUUACGUGAUGCACUUGCACCUGGGUUUACAAUUGAAUCAGUGAAAAAUCAUCUGUCCGGAGUAGAAGAAAAUCUUCCUCCCUCAAACCGUGUUCAGAAAAGUGUUUCCGUUCGGACAAAAGCUCAAUACCAGGCACCUGUGGUGUCGGAAGACAACCAAAAAUACCUUGCUAAGCAGCUUAGUGCAUUUUUAGAAAAGCAAAUCAAAGAAGGCGAUGUAAUCAAAAGAGUGGCAAGGAAAGAGGAGAGUAAUGAUUUUGGCGUGAGACUGCUUUCUUCGAGUCUCGUUUUUCUCUCGCCAGACCAAAAUGAAUAUACAGAACUAGCAGUUUCUCCAAGAAGUGAAAAAAGGAAACAAUUUAAAGUGAAGAAAAGAAAAUUGGCAGGUGAGCCAGAAGAGGCUGACGAAGCCACAAAAGCCAAGGAGGCUGCUGUGAGUGUAGAGUGGGUGCUGCAAAAGGAGGGUGACUCUGGGCCUCUGUGUCGCAAGCCUGGCGAAGUCAUCCCAGGAAGGCACCAUGAAAGCCUCGCAUUCACAUUGAAACUACAAAGUUUGUCGCAAUGAUAUUUUAUUUAUCCACAAUGUUCAAUUUUACAUAUAAUACAAUUUCAAGUUGUUUGGCUGCACCACUAUCGUGAUCAAUAUCGAAGAUUUAAAAACGAAGGUAGAAUUAAAAGUCGUGCAAGUGGUAAAUAUA